AUGACACCGAUUCCCCUGCAGAUUCUGAUGAUGAACAAGAAGAACAACAAGACGAAGAACAACAUGAAGAAGAAGAAUCAUUAUUGCCGCCAAGGCGUAAACGCAGGCGGACCCGCAAUCGAACGGUCCUACAACUCUGGCCGUCGACCCUCUCCCCUGAGUAACAAUAUUUUGGUGAUCUACGCAGGGGCCAGCAAUUGGUACAACAGCAAGAACAAGAUGGCAAACCCGACCUUUUACCUCACAAACCUCGAGACAUGGACGAACGCUCAAGACAUGGAUGUGGAGAGCUGGCUCGCAGAUGUAUACCAGGUUGCCGAUAUCACCCAACUUCCGUACCAGCGAGUAGUGAAGCUCAAGACGACUGGUAUGGCGAAAGGAUGGGUGGAGAGAUGGGCGUUGGAAUUCGCCACCGACGGCAGUAAGGAAAAGUUCUCCACUGACUUUCGAGCGGAGAUAGCCAGACCACGGACGACCGCCAGUACAUAUGCUGAGAUAAUGAGCAUCAAGCAGAAGACCGGAGAGUUGACAGACCGGUACAUUGCAAGGAUGAAGGCCAACAUCAAGCUGCUACAGUUGACGUCCAAACCUGAUGCUACCCUGUAUACGCUGACCGAUGACGCCGAGGCGACUUUCAGUAUUGCGUUCUGUCGAGGGUUGAUGCCUGGGCACCCCUUCAAGGUUAAGAACCGAGAUCCCGAGCCGACCCUAGCAGGGACCUACGCCGCACUUGCCAAGUAUUGCCGCCACAACCAAUAUGAGGAGGAGACUUACGAGGACAAGAUCCGCAAGGAAGCUGAGAGGCUCGCACCCAGGCAUACCACUGGAUCGAUCGAGAUUGCCGGUACCAAGAUCCCUGCCGCAGAGUUUCAAGCCUUCAGAAAGGACUUCGAGCCCGAAACGCUGACAGCAGAAGUUGAUGAGAUGGUCAAGAUGUUUGAGUCCUGGAGUUUGGCAUCGUUGGAAGACCAGACCUCAGCCGGGCGAGUCGCUCGCACAAUUGCUCGGCUUCCGGUAGCCGUUGCUCGCAAGGUAUUCGGCCACACUAGGUUCGCCCAGCACAUUCGAGGUGGUGCCAUCGAGAUGCCAGCCAGCCGCCAAGUCGUGCAACCCAGCGCUACUCCUGCUUCCACCGGGCCCAGAUUAUGCCAUAAGUGCCAGGCAGAAGGCCAUUACGCCAACGAAUGCCCUGCUGUUGAGUGUUAUCACUGCCAUGAAAGAGGACAUGUCGCCCGAGUUUGCCCCAACAAGUCCACCACCCCAGCGACAGGCCCCAACAGUAUCCCCGUAACCCAACAAAACUCGAUGAGAGUGCAGAGCAUCGAAAUCGACCACGCCUUGGCCGCGCAGAGGACGACACGCAGUAUGGGUGGGGUCGACCAAAAGCGGCGCCAAGAACGAUCGAACCUUCCAGUAGGACCCAAGGCCAAGAAAGAUAUGAGCCCGGCAAAAUCGAAAGUCGUUGAUAGAGCCAUGGAUUGGGAGGAAGAACCUGUGUCUGGAACCUUAAAUGACGCCGCAGGAAUUGGGCACAUUGAGAGCAGCGACAGAGGGCGGCGUGGACCUGUCGGAGUAGUCACGAUAGAGCCAGUGACAGAGGAGGCGAUUGGCGAGGAUGCCGUGAGGAAGAGAAGGCCCAAGCAGAAAGUUGAACCGGAUCCAGUCUUCGUAUCCAGUAUUGAGAACCUCACCUUUGACGUCGCCACUAUCUCGAAGCAUGGAGGCCGAAUGCCGUCGCAGCUCAAGGCAGCAGUCAGUCGCGUGUAUGGAGGCCUUUCAAGUCCAAAUUAUCAUAUGGUGUUUGUUACAUCUCUGCAGAUCUUGACGAUAUCCACCGCGUCCAUUAGAGGAGAAUGUAUAUAUGAUACCAAGCAUAUAAGACAACCAUUGUAA